AUGAAAAUUACCGGAGAAAUUUUCGACUUUAUCGUCGUUGGCAUUAAACAUCUCUCUGGCCAGAUUGUUGCACUCGUUCUAGCCACUCGACUGGCUAACGCUGACCUCAAGCCGUCUGUACUCCUCAUUGAAGCUGGAGGGCCCCAGCCGAGCAAUGAAUCACUGUCCCUUGCCAACCGUUGGGAUUCAGAUACAUCUCACGCUGAUAUCAACUGGAAUUAUGUAUCCUUGCCCGAACCAGAACUUAACGACCGCCCUAUCGAUGUCAGUCGAGGCAAAGCCCUGGGUGGUACCUCCAACAUCAAUUAUCUCUGUUGGACACCCCCGACCCCGGAAUACAUUGCCGAAUGGCAGGCUAGAGUCGGCGGCGACUCGUUCUUCAACUGGAACGACACUCAGCGCCUACUUGAUGGCCUAGUGAAUUAUAAUAUUCAUACUCUCACAGGGAAUUCCGAAUAUCCGUUACAUGCCAUGACUGAUGUUCCUCUGAAAGAUUUCGUCACCGAUAUUCCGCGAGAUGCAAACGGGCCGUUCAAUUUGACGUACAGUACAUAUCUCAAACAAGGAGACCUCAAGCUUCUCCAGGGCGCCGAGGAAGCUGGCUUCUUGCAGAACAAACAUAUCGUUGCUGGGAGCUCGCUUGGUUAUGGCAUUAUGGCCUCAAUGUCCACGGCGAACGGCUAUCUCCGCUCCACACCAUCUGAGGCAUUCCUCACUGACAAACCGGACAACCUAGUAAUCAAGACAGGGUUAGAAGCCACGCGCAUUCUUUUCGAGGGCAAGACAGCCGAAGGGGUCGAACAAAAUGGCGGCGAGCAAUGUUUCACCGCUAGAUUGGAAGUCAUCUUAUCUGCUGGGUCGAUCAACACACCAAAACUGCUGAUUCUCUCCGGCGUUGGACCAAAAGUUCAUAUUAAGGAGCUUGGAAUUCCACUAAUAGCCGACCUUCCUGGCGUCGGACAACAUCUCCAAGAUCAUUACGCAAUACCUUUUCAGUGGGAGACAAAUGAAAGCUUCGCCGACACAUCUGUCCCGGCUGUGUUCGAACCAAUCGCAAACCAAGACCUAUUUAACGCGGUCGUCAUCUUCGAUCGCGACAAGGCAAUGGUAGACCACGCCUGUUUCUCCGAACUCCCACUCGCAACGCAGCGCUGGCUAGGCCGCAAAAAUGCACCACAUCUCGAGCUGCUCGCCGUAAAUAACUGGAAACCCGGACCUAGCCCGCCUGGUAAACCAAACAUUUUUCUCGUCGCCGUUGGCCUUGCCCCCCAGUCCGAGGGUAGUAUUAUCCUCCCUUCAGCCGACUGGCAUGAUGCGCCGAAUAUUCAAUUGAAUCUUCUCAGCGAUAAACACGGGCUGGAUUUUACUUCCGCCAUUUCAUAUACUCGCAAAGCCCUCGAGGUGAUUGAGCAUACCGAUUCUGUGUCGCCGCAUAUUGCCUCACCAAGGAUCCGGCCUAAUUCAGACAGUGAAGCGGAUAUCGCUGCUUUCCUGCGCGAGCAUGUCAUGACCCUUUGGCAUCCAACUCAAACGACACGGAUGGGCCCGCGAGAUGAUGAGGGCGACAGUGUUGUUGAUCCGUCGUUCCGGGUCCGUGGUUUGAACAAAUUGCGUAUUGCGGAUCUUGGCGUUGUACCUGUUAUGCCAAAUAGUCAUCCGGCAUCGGUAGCUUUGUUAGUAGGAGCCUGGGUCGCUGAACGGAUCAUUUCAGAGUAUAGCCAGUAA